GACUCACAGCCCAUCCCAUCUCCCCGACGCCGCCCGCCCGCGCAGAGCUUGCUCCAUGGCUUAGCGGAGGAGGCGGUGGCGAGCGGGGGAGGGGGACUCUUAUUUUGUUAGGGGGACCGGGCCGAGGCCCGACCGGCCUGGCAGGGCUCGCCCGGGGCCGGGCGUCAUGUCUCAUGCGGCCGAGCCAGCUCGGGACGGCGUAGAGGCCAGCGCGGAGGGUCCUCGAGCCGUGUUCCUGCUGUUGGAGGAGCGCAGGCCGGCCGACUCGGCCCAGCUGCUCAGCCUGAACUCUUUGCUUCCGGAAUCGGGGAUUGUUGCUGACAUCGAAUUAGAAAACGUCCUUGAUCCUGACAGCUUCUACGAGCUCAAAAGCCAACCCCUAUCGCUACGCUCAAGCCUCCCAAUAUCACUGCAGGCCACACCAGCCACCCCAGCUACACUCUCUGCAUCAUCUUCUGCAGGGGGCUCCAGGACCCCUGCCAUGUCGUCAUCUUCUUCAUCGCGGGUCUUGCUGCGGCAGCAGCUAAUGCGGGCCCAGGCCCAGGAGCAGGAGAGGCGUGAGCGUCGGGAACAGGCUGCAGCCUCUCCCUUCCCUAGUCCUGCACCUGCCUCUCCUGCCAUCUCUGUGGUUGGCGUCUCUGCUGGGGGCCACACAUUGGGUCGUCCUCCCCCUGCUCAGGUGCCCAGGGAGGUGCUCAAGGUGCAGACCCAUCUGGAGAACCCGACGCGCUACCACCUGCAGCAGGCGCGCCGGCAGCAGGUGAAGCAGUACCUGUCCACCACACUUGGGCCCAAGCUGGCGUCCCAGGCCCUCACCCCACCACCGGGGGCUGCUAGUGCCCAGCCACUCCCCGCCCCUGAGGCUGCCCACGCUACUGGCCCCACUGGCAGUGCUCCCAACAGCCCCAUGGCACUGCUCACCAUCGGGUCUAGCUCGGAGAAGGAGGUGAGUGGCUGCAGACGACCCGCCCAUGCUCCCCCUGCCCCAACUUCUUCUAAGGCUCUUCCAUAUGUCUUCUCCCAGAUUGAUGAUGUCAUCGAUGAGAUCAUCAGCCUGGAGUCCAGUUACAACGAUGAGAUGCUCAGCUAUCUGCCCGGAGGCACCACGGGGCUGCAGCUCCCCAGCACGCUGCCUGUGUCAGGGAAUCUGCUUGAUGUGUACAGUAGUCAGGGCGUGGCCACGCCAGCCAUCACUGUCAGCAACUCCUGUCCAGCUGAGCUGCCGAAUAUCAAACGGGAGAUCUCUGAGACAGAGGCCAAGGCCCUUUUGAAGGAACGGCAGAAGAAAGACAAUCACAACCUGAUUGAACGUCGCAGGCGAUUCAACAUUAACGACAGGAUCAAGGAGUUGGGCACCCUCAUCCCCAAGUCCAGUGACCCGGAGAUGCGCUGGAACAAGGGCACCAUCUUGAAAGCCUCUGUGGAUUACAUCCGCAAGUUGCAGAAGGAGCAACAGCGCUCCAAAGACCUGGAGAGCCGGCAGCGAUCCCUGGAGCAAGCCAACCGCAGCCUGCAGCUCCGAAUUCAGGAGCUAGAACUGCAGGCCCAGAUCCAUGGUCUGCCAGUGCCUCCCACCCCAGGGCUGCUCUCACUGGCCACAACUUCAGCCUCUGACAGUCUCAAGCCAGAGCAGCUGGACGUUGAAGAGGAGGGCAGGCCAGGCACAGCAACAUUUCAUGCAGCGGGGGGACCUGCCCAGAGUACUCCCCAUCAGCAGCCCCCAGCGCCACCCUCCGAUGCCCUUCUGGACCUGCACUUUCCCAGCGACCACCUGGGGGAUCUGGGGGACCCCUUCCACCUGGGGCUGGAGGACAUUCUGAUGGAGGAGGAGGAGGGGGUGGUGGGGGGACUGUCAGGGGGCGCCCUGUCCCCACUGCGGGCUGCCUCCGAUCCCCUGCUUUCUUCAGUAUCCCCCGCAGUCUCCAAGGCCAGCAGUCGCCGCAGCAGCUUCAGCAUGGAGGAGGAGUCCUGAUCAGGCCUCACCCCUCCCCUGGGACUUCCCCACCCAGGAAAGGAGGACAUGUCAGGAUGAGGCCCCGCCUUUUCCCCCACCUUUUCAUGAGACUGCCCUGCCCAGGUGUACUGGGGGAAGAGGAGACUGAUGAGGCCCCACCCCUGUAACCAAGCAAGGAGGAGGAGUCAGAUGAGGCCCCACCCCUUCCCCACAGGACAGGCCAAUGCAGGUAUUUCAGACGUGGAGAAGGUAGGGACAUCAGGGCCUGUCUCUUGCAGAACGCAGCCUCACCCCUGCCCCGUGGGACCCGCCCUUGCCCAGGUGAGGGAAGGAGACAGGAUGAGGUCAGCCGCUGGCCCCUAGGGACUGUCCUAGCCAUGUUUCCUGGGAUAAAGAGUGUCAGGAUACUGCUCCAUCCCCUCUCUUGGAACCAACAGUCUAGUCUAUCCUGGCAAGGAAGAGGAGUCAAAAUGGAGGUCCCACCCUGGGGGUUUAAGCCCUGCCCCUUCCCCGUGAACCCUGCCCUGUGCAGGCAAGGAACAGAAGUGAGGAUGAGAGCCAACCCCUUUACCUGGGAACUCAGUCCUGGCCUUCUAGCAAUGGAGGAGUCAGGCCCCGCCCUUUCCCUAUAGGAACAGCCCAGCGCAGGUAUUUCAGGUGUGGAGGAGUCAGUAAGAUCGGGCAACUUUGUGGAGAUCACAGCCCUCGUCUCUUAGCAACAUCCCAUCCAAUCAUUCCACACUGCAGGGAGGAGUGGUACUUAAGCUCCCCCGCCUUAACCUGGGACCAUUGUGACUUAACCUAGGAGGGCUCUAAGCCGACCUGGCCCUUGAAGAAGGGGGCAGAUCUUGAAAUCUUGUGGGUUGACAUUCCAGACCUAGAUCAGGAGUGAGUGAGAGUUAGACCCCCACACUUGGGCAGAGUUUUACCUCCUUUCUUGAAGGGUAGAUUGGGGAGGUGAUGGAGAUAAGGGGGUACUGGGUCCAUGUUCCCAGAACCAGCACCCCGGUACUCUUUUUUAACAUGUAGAGGAACAAGAUGAAGGAAGGGGCCUUUCCAGGGAGUUCCCCAGCCCAGGAACAAGUGGAAGCCUGUCUCACCAAGGCAGAGGCUUAGGGGGAGGAUUGCAGAAACAUAUAUACCCCCUCUUUUGUUUAUCUGAUUUUUUUACUGACCCCCUACUCAGAAGCUAGGUCACCCCCAACCUCUGGCCUCCACCUAGUUCUCCAUUUGGAGAAAUCUUCCCCAUUUCAGAGUUAUCAAGAGACACUCCCUGCCCAUCCCCAUCCCUCCUACCCCAUACACCCAAGGUUGUCAGCUUUGGAUUGUUGGGGCCGAGCCCCGAGGAGGGUGUACUAAGGGGUCUGUAGGUUUGUGAUUAAAAUAAUAAAUGCUAGGCGUGUUUGAUGCGCUUUUAAC